GAAGUAGGAACAAAGUCAAAACAAAUCAGUGAUUCAUCAAAAUUUCCGAUGUUUGUUCCUCCUUUUUAACACUUUGUUGAUGAAAUGUCUAGAAAUCGUAGACUGGAAAAGGUGCGUUCGUCAAAAAAGCAUUGUCAGGAAAAGUUCUCGUGUACCCAAGAAUUCGUUGAAGCAGAAUAUGAGUGUGAUGAAUGUGGCACAUAUCAAUGUAAAAAUUGUGAAAUUCAACUCCAUGGAUUGAAGAAAUUUUUAUUUCAUGAUAGAAAGAAAUUAACAACUCCAGAGGUUUCUUUGCUGUGCCAAAACACAUGUUCUGACAAAAAUUUUGCAGAUGUAACAUGUGAGAAAUGCAAUCUGAAUUUCUGUUUUGACUGCUUCACUAAAAUCCAUUCACAUGGAAAGAAAAAAUCGCACACACGAGUGCCAUUUAACCCUAGCAUGGAAACUUUAGAAGAAACUUUCAAGCUACCAUCAUUGCCGCCUUUAAGUGAGCCACUUGUUGAGUUUGAUAAUGAUAACUCAGGAGACUAUGUUACGAUGGCUGGAAAUUUGUCAACAUCGCCAAAAAAUAUUUCAACAUCGAAGGACGAUUCAUCCCACAGGCACGACCAACUGCCAAGCCCAAAAGAUGGUCAUUUCAUGAGUCCACAGGAGAAUCAUUUCAUGACCACAUCUACAAGAAGUGAUCAAUCAGAUGGUAGUCUCAGAAGUAUUCCUGAUGUUGCCACACUCGGUCUUGGAAACAGCAUACCAUUGGAUAGUCAUGAAAAUGAUGGUGUUUACAAGGACAGCACAAGUUUUCCCCUCAUCAAUGAAUUUGAAAAAAUCCAGGUGAAAAAUGAGCAGGAAUUCACAAAAGCUCUCGGAUGUAAAACUGAUGCAACCGUGAAAGUGCUUUCUAUAUUUGGCAAUACUGGUGAUGGCAAGUCACACACACUCAACCAUACAUUUUUUAGUGGUAUGGAAGUGUUCCUUACAUCUAAUGACCCAUCCUCCUGCACUGCUGGUGUCUGGGCAGCCUUAGACCCAAAAUUAGGUACCAUUAUUAUGGAUACUGAAGGUCUAUUAGGAACUACAAAAAAUCAAAAUCAACGAACGAGGCUUCUAUUGAAAAUCCUUGCAGUUAGUGAUAUAGUGAUUUACCGGACGAGAGCAGAUCGACUCCACAAUGACAUGUUUCAGUUCUUAGGAGAUGCCUCGUCUGCAUAUAUGAAACAUUUUAAGAAGGAACUUAAAGCUCUGUCAGAUCGGGGAAAAUUUGAAGGAACUCUGUCAACACUUGGGCCAGCUGUUGUAGUUUUUCAUGAAACUCAACAUACUGAUGUACUGAAGAAAGAAUCUGGAAAUGGAAAAAGAAAGUCAGGAAGAACUCCUGAAGAUUUACUGAAAGAUCGUUUCCACAAGUUAGAAAUGUCCAUUGAUGCAUUCAGUGGUAUUACUUAUGUUGGUACAAGGACAGUGAAACCUCCAACAAAGUUUGAAGGCUUGUUGAAGACUGUAAAGAGUCUAUUGCACAAUAACAGUGUUCGUUCCCCGAGAUCACCUGCAGUAAUAUUUAAAGCUUUGACGGUGCUGAAUGAGAAGUUUAAGGGUGACAUAGAGAAAUCUGUCCCUUGUAUGUUUCCUGACCAGUAUUUCACAUGCUCCUCCAGAUGUCUGUCUUGCAGUAUGCGAUGCAAUAACAGUAUGAACCACCUAGUGGAGAAAGUGCCACACAACUGUGAUUCUAAGUGCAUAUACCAACACCAGUAUGACAACCAGGUCUUUUCAUGUAGAGCAUGCCACAAUAAUGGCAAAGAGGUGAUUGUCGUACCAAAGACUGCAGCCUCAACUGACAACCAAUGGUUUGGUCUUGCCAAGUAUGCAUGGUCGGGGUAUGUCCUAGAAUGCAAAUAUUGUGGCAUCAUAUACAAGAGUAGACAGUAUUGGUAUGGUAAUAAAGACCCCAUAGACACAUGUGUCAGGACUGAGAUAGCCCAUGUUUGGCCUGGGAGCAACCCAGUGCUACAAGGCACACACAAUGCUGCAAGGAGACUGCUAGACGGAGUACAUUACAUCUCUAGCACAGUGAAGGAGGUCAGUGCAAAGCCCACUAAGAUGUUGACAAACUGGGUAACAGACCAGAUAGCUCCACCCUACUGGGUCCCCAAUUCUGAGUUGAAGGUCUGCAAAAAGUGUGAUAAGGACUUCACCACAGAUGAAUCCAAACACCAUUGUCGAGCCUGUGGAGAAGGGUUCUGUGAUGACUGCUCAAUGAAGAAAACCCCUGUUCCAGAACGAGGCUGGGGACCCGGACCAGUGCGAGUUUGUGAUGAAUGCUUUCGAAAAAGGCAGGAUCUAGCUGCAGAACACCUAGCACAACCUAGUGAACAGGCUGAGCGUGACCUGCGUGCAAGAAUAUAUGGUGAAGUGGUGGGUGGUGCAAUAGGAGCUGUUGCUGGGGUUGUGGAAUACCCUCUAGAAUAUCUAAAGGAUUCAGCUAAGCCAGCGUAUUGGGUGGCUGAUAAUGACAUCACCAAUUGUUGUGUGUGUAAAACCAAGUUCACGCCCAAACUGACUAAACACCAUUGUCGAGCUUGCGGGGACGGUGUCUGUAGCGACUGCUCUCCAGAACUCAGGGAAGUUCCAUCUCGGGGCUGGGACUAUCCUGUUAGAGUUUGUAACGCAUGUUAUAAACAGGAUGGCGUAUUGUGAAUAGACAGAAGAGCUAUUAGAUAUGAUGUUUACACUGAGAGAAUAUUCUAGUUUUGAGGCAUAUCAUAUUUAUCCACUGGGGAAAUUUAUCAGUCAAUAUCAGCAUAGAUUUACCAAAAAACAUAGAAUGUACUUCAGAUCAUGUAACAUUGUUAAUUAACAAAUAACAAAUAUAUGAAAUAAUGAGGAUAUGACUUAAAAUAGCCUGUAGUAUUGCAACUUGAAGGCAAAGUUUACUAUAGAAAGAUGUGAAUCAAAUGUUAGCUCCCAGUGAUGAUGUUAAGUUCAUUCAUCACAAAAAUGGUAUAUGUGAUGUACGUGAAAACUGUUUACAGAUUAUGGAAUUUAUUAGAAUAUAUUAUUAUAAUUUUCUAUGCUUGUAUAACGAGAAUUUUUUAAGUUCUUUGGAGAAUGAAAAUCACAACUUAUAUUUGCAUUAGCGUACAGUUGGCCUGGAGGCUUAACAACGAACUUAAUAUAAGAUUAAUAUUGUAUAAUGUAGCCUUGCCCAAGUGGGAAUUAUUUUUUAUUUAUCUUGAUUCUCAAUUAUGUACUGCCGUAAAAAAUCUUUAAAAAAAAUAUAAAGAUAC